CAAUAAAAACCCGGUUGAAAACAUAACCUAAAAGUUGUUUUUUAUGUUUUUAAUAGAGACGCUAAAAAGCAAACCGGUUAUUUUCUUGGGAAAUUAAAAUAAUUUCAAAUAAUUUUAUUGUGAAAAAUGUCGAAGAAACCCGUGCCUUCAGAAUGGAGAAAACGAAUAAAAUCCGAAUAUAUGCGUCUCAGAUUAAUGAAGCGUUAUAAACGAGCAGACGAAGUGAAAAUAUCCUGGAAUCAAAAUCGCAAACUUCUUAAAGAUUUUCUUAAUGAAAAAAAUAAAGAAUGGACCGACGGAAGUGCAAUGUGGUUUGCAUUACAAGAUAUUCCACCUCAAUCGUUGAGUAAAAAGAAAGCUGUAACUAGUUGUUUUGAUGAAAACGAAACACAAUCACUUAAUAUCAAAAUAAUAAAUGCCGUUACGCCUAUUCCAACUGCUUACACGUGGGCUCCAAUCAAACAAAAUUUUAUGGUUGAAGAUGAAACUGUUUUACACAAUAUUCCUUAUAUGGGAGAUGAAAUUCUUGACAAAGGUGAUACAUUUAUUGAAGAGCUUAUUAAAAAUUAUGACGGCAAGGUACACGGUAAUGGAGAAUCAAAUUUUAUGGACGAUUCAAUUUUUUUGGAUUUAGUCAAUGCAUUGUUGAUUUAUGAAAAAGAUGAUAAAGUUGUGGAUGAACAGAAAAAGGAGAAAGAUAAAGAAAAUAAACGAAGUGAAAAUGAUCAUAAAAAUUCGUCUAAAGAUUUAUCAUCAUUUCCAUCGAUGCAAAUAUUUAAUGCAAUUGCCAGUGUAUUUACAGAUAAAGGUAAACCUAGUGAAUUAAAGGCAAAAUACAUUGAAUUAACACAAAGAAAUAAUCCAAAUGCAUUGCCACCUGAGUGUACGCCAAAUAUGGAUGGAAUUCAUGCAAAAAGUGUUCCAAGAGAACAAACGAUGAAUUCUUUUCAUACUCUAUUUUGUCGUCGAUGUUUUAAAUACGAUUGCUAUUUACAUCGUAUCGAGUUUCAUCAAGAGCCGAAUCUUAAAAAACGAAGAGAAUCCGAUUUGAGAAGAUUUACAGAGCCGUGCGGUGCAAAUUGUUACAUGCAUUUAGAAGGCGUGAAGGAAAAACUCGCGGCCCAAGUCAUUGAAAUAAAAGAAGAAGAUGUGAAAACAAAAAAACCAAGAAAAGUGCGAAAACAAUUAAGUGUCGACUCGGGAAAUGAAGACAGUGACGAAAGUAAUGACAGUAAACAAAGUAGCCGAAGUAGUUCACAAGAUUUCAAACUGAACGUCAAUAGAAAUUCCAAAUCGGAUAAAUUGACCGAUGAGGGAAGACAAUUAGUGAAUUUUUCCCCAUUUUCAUUGAAUUUGGAUGAUAAAUGUGACAAAUCAACAAAAGAUGUUGUUUGGACUGGUUCGGAACAAAGUUUCUUUCGUGCGUUACAUAAAGUUUUUCCUGGUAAUCCAUGUGCUCUUGCACAAAUAAUAUUGACGAAAAAUUGCACCGAAGUUUAUGAAUUCGCUCAAAAAGAAGCGGCCGAUAUACCAAGUGAAGAGAGUUCUGAGGAUCUCACACCACCGCGAAAAAAGAAAAAGAAACAUCGUCUCUGGUCAGUGCAUUGUCGCAAGAUACAGCUCAAAAAAGAUUCUGUUGCAAAUCACGUGCACAAUUAUUCUCCAUGCUCACAUUCAGGACGUCCUUGUGACAAAUCAUGUCCCUGUAUAAAGGAUCAAAAUUUUUGUGAAAAAUUUUGUGCUUGCAGUAGUGAUUGUCAAAAUCGUUUUCCUGGCUGUCGAUGUAAAGCUCAAUGUAACACUAAACAAUGUCCAUGUUAUUUGGCUGUACGUGAAUGUGAUCCCGAUUUAUGUCAGGCUUGCAGCUCGGAUCAAUAUGACGUUGCAAAAAUAUCAUGCAAAAAUGUUAGCGUUCAACGAGGAUUGCAUAAACAUUUGUUGUUGGCUCCAUCGGAUGUUGCGGGUUGGGGAAUAUUUCUAAAAGAAUCAGUAGCAAAAAAUGAAUUUAUCUCAGAAUAUUGCGGUGAAAUUAUUAGUCAAGACGAAGCCGAUAGACGAGGCAAAGUCUAUGAUAAAUAUAUGUGCAGCUUUUUAUUCAAUUUAAACAGUGAAUUUGUUGUUGAUGCAACUAGAAAAGGGAAUAAAAUAAAAUUUGCAAAUCAUUCGAUAAAUCCAAAUUGUUAUGCUAAAGUAAUGAUGGUGAAUGGUGAUCAUAGAAUUGGAAUAUUUGCAAAAAGAGCAAUUCAACCUGGUGAAGAAUUGUUCUUUGACUACAGAUAUGGACCAACGGAACAAUUGAGAUUCGUAGGAAUUGAACGAGAAAUGGAAUUCAUAUAAUGAGUAUAAUAUUUCUCAAAAAAGAAUUAUAUCGAUUUUAAUCAAUAUCAUUGCCUUAAAGUUCCAACUAAAAAAAAAAAAAAAAUACGUAACUUUCUCAUGAAAGUCUGACUUCUUUUUUUUUUUGUAUUUUAUCGAAAUAUAUAAACAAUUUUUUCAAUUA